CCUCAGUGCCACCGCGAGACGCGAAGUGUGGGCGGGCUCGGCCGGAAGUGGCUUUUAGUUGUCGGUGUUCGUGUCGCGCAGUCAACGAGUGAGGAGAAUUAUCGGCGGUGGGUCGGAGAUUCCAGUCUCCUUCCCCGGCAACAUGAGCUUCCUCUUUGGUAAUCGAUCGUCAAAAACCUUCAAACCCAAGAAGAACAUUCCAGAGGGAUCCCAUCAGUAUGAGCUCCUUAAGCAUGCAGAGGCCACACUUGGUAGUGGGAAUCUCAGACAAGCUGUGAUGUUGCCAGAGGGAGAAGAUCUCAAUGAAUGGAUUGCUGUUAACACUGUGGAUUUCUUUAAUCAGAUCAACAUGUUAUAUGGGACCAUCACAGAGUUCUGCACAGAGACGAGCUGUUCGGUGAUGUCAGCUGGGCCCAGGUACGAAUACCACUGGGCAGACGGCACCAACAUAAAAAAGCCCAUUAAGUGUUCGGCUCCCAAGUACAUUGAUUAUCUGAUGACUUGGGUCCAGGAUCAGCUUGAUGACGAGACCCUCUUCCCCUCAAAGAUCGGUGUCCCCUUCCCCAAGAACUUCAUGUCUGUGGCGAAGACCAUAUUGAAGCGCCUGUUUCGUGUGUAUGCUCACAUCUACCACCAGCACUUUGACUCGGUUAUGCAGCUACAGGAGGAAGCACAUCUCAACACCUCGUUCAAACAUUUCAUAUUUUUCGUACAGGAAUUUAACCUGAUUGAUCGCCGAGAGCUGGCUCCCCUUCAGGAAUUGAUUGAAAAGCUGGGAUCGAAAGACAGAUAGAGGAUACGGCCGUGCCUUUUCCUGUGAGGGAACGUCUCCUCUCCCAGCUCUCGCACCAACUGCACCUGAAGCCAUUCGAUAACCUGAAUGGAUGCCCACUUACCACUGAACUGGGAGGAGCGCUCCACUGGAAGUCUUCCCUUUUACAUAGAGAUUGCCUUACCUUAUUUUUGUAUGAACUUUUUAUAGAAAUGCUUUACAAGGAACACUCCACUAAACCUAGGCCCGCCAGUCUCGCUCAUGUUUGCUCAUUUUCAGGUAGGGGGAGAAGAAAAAAAAAAUGUUCCAUUUCAUUUCUUAAGGUCAUUUGCUGCAGUAAACAACCUAUGGACUUGGCCUUGUAUACCACUUGCUAUCGCUUCUUACGUUGCUUUUUAUUUUACACUGUUGCUAUGCUAUCAGCAUUUUUUUUUUUGGAAGGGUUUAUGUAUAUCAAUGUGGUUUUUUUUUUUGUUUUUUUUUUUAAAUCUAUCCUUGAAGUUGUAAUAUGUUACUGUCUU